AUGAGGCUUGACCAUGAACAACAAGACUGUCGUUUCGGCAAUAAGGACAUCUCUGGUUCAGGAAACCCCCGCGGAAACAGAGGGAUAAAUCGUGAUAAUACUCUGGGUCGGCUUGAAGAAACAAAACAAAGAAGAUGGGAUAGGAAAGUUUAUGCGCAGGCUGGCUCGUCCCAGCGUUAUAACCCACCUUCUCGACCUCUGUGUCUACAAAGGGAUGAUACGUAUGAUAACUUUCUCGUAGUCAGAGAGAGAAAAAGCAGAGAGACAAUGUUCACAUAUCAGAGCAGAGAGCGGGCUGAUGGGAGCACAACCCGUUCUUACGAUCAUGGAGCUCCUCCACGAUACCGUCAACCUCCAUACCAUUGGAAAGAAGUUUCGAGACCCCGCCCCCAAGAGGUUUUACCUAGAGAUUCCUCUGGUUCUCGACAUGUGUCCCCUCGGAGAUCUCACAGUCAUCAAAAAACUUUCCUUACCUCCUCUCCAACUGGGGUAAACUCGGGUCAGGGCAACGGAUACACUACUUCUUUGGGCUCUGGAAGAUCCCGGAGACUAGCUUUGGAAAGAGUCUCCAAUGAAUAUAACAAUACCAUUAUGAACCCCCCAAGAGGAGUGCUUUCCAACUCCUCUAAUCUUCAGGAUGUUGAAAUCAGAGUGGAAGAGAGCCCAUUUACUAGAAGCAGAGUCUCCCCCUUCGGAAUGAGGCACCUCUUUCUCCAGAGAGACGAGCUUGUAUUCAAGACCGUUUGGGAUCUCCAUAAACCGAUAUAA